UUAGGGCUGGGAUUUAAUGGGGCGAGGCGAUGACGAUGGAAGCGCCCUGGUGGUCUAUGGCACUCCACUCGAGAAUUCCGAUGAGCUCUCGGCUCGCAAACGCGCUAAGGCGCUGGAUAAGGGGACGCUUCGCCAGCAGCAGCCCGUGUGGAAGCAGGAUGCUCGUGAUAGCGAGGGCCGCAGGAGAUUCCAUGGAGCGUUUACGGGAGGCUUCUCUGCUGGGUACUUCAACACUGUCGGGUCCAAAGACGGAUGGGAGCCAAAAACUUUCAAGUCGUCGCGAGGAAGUCGAGCUGAUAUGCGACAACACAGCGCCUAUGAUUAUAUGGAUGAUGAAGAACGAAGGGAGAUGGAUUCUAAGCAAAUUGGAACUGCUCAAGAAUUCGACACGUUCGGUUUCACUGCAGCGGAGUAUGCUCGGCGUGAAGCUACUCAAGAAACGAACAGGUACGCAUCGUUUCUCGUGAUUUUUCCUCAAGAUUUACGUUCUAGGCCUGCUGUUAUUCCGGGGUUUGUGCCGGAUGAGAUAAUCGUACCUCCGACAGAUUCUAUUGGUGUGAAGCUGCUAAGGAAAAUGGGAUGGCGACAUGGUCGGGGUAUUGGCCCGAAACACAUAGCAGCCUCUUCAGAGGUUAAAAGAGAAGGCAGGAAAGCUAUGCUGGCUCUAGCUAGUGCAGGCAGUAGCUCACAAGAUGCUGGUCCAUCAUUGGAAGAUAGUGAAACUGCAGAGGAACAAUUGGAUUUGCCACCAACUAGUGUUCCUGACUUUGUCAGGAAAAUAAAGGACAACGUUCAUGGCUUGGGAUUUGAUCCGUUUCAAAGUGCUCCUGAAUUUCGACAUGCCAAGGACUAUCGGCUGGAUGAUGAUAAGGACAAAGUCAAGCGGAGAACGCUUCGUCCAAAUGCUGUGACAAUGUCGAAGGGCUUCGGCAUAGGAGCCCUUGAGGAGAUGGGGGAUGAAGAUGAGGACGUCUAUGCAACAGGUCCUCAUCCUGAGAUGAUGGUACUCGAAGAUGAAGAGCUAGAGCGGCUAGAAAAAAUAGAGAGAAAAGCACCAAGGCCAAGGCUUCCGACUGUGGCAGUUGGAAAAGAUGCUUUGCCGGGAUUCAAACUUGCUAGCGAGAACACUUACCAAGCAGAAUGGUUUCACCCUCCUGUGGUUCCUCCUGACUACGUUCCAGUUCACAAGUUCGUUGCAGCCUUGGAUCUAUCACAAUCACAAUCUGACAAUACCCCACUCGAAGCACCACAGCCGGAAGAUAAAACUCUUGUGAAGCUGAUAGACGGCAUGGCAAUUCUUGUGGCAAGGAGUGGAACUCAACUUGAAGCUCUCUCCAAAGAGAAGAACAAAGAAAAUCCUUUGUUUCAGUUUCUUUUUGGGGGGAUGGGUGGUGACUACUAUACAAGGAGGCUAUGGGAAGAACGAUCGAAGCGUGGUUUGCAGAUUCAAUCUAAUCGAGAUAGGCCGAAGCUUGGUGCAAGCGAACGUGGUCAAGCUCUUGGGGAGAUGCCUCUGCAAAAAUCAGCGCUGCCGGCUAUUCCCGCUGAAGAUCGUGCUCGGUUACAGGCGACACUCAAUAACACUUUCAUGAAGCCAUCUGCAGAGCCAACUAAGACAAAUCGUCUACCUUUCGAGGAUGACCCUGCUAAGCAAGCACGCUAUGAGCAGUUUCUUAAGGAUAAGUACACCGGGGGUUUAAGAAAAAUGAACAAAGGUGCUCAACAGCUGACAGAAGCCCAACGUGCGCAGGAAAUUCUUGAGUUUGAGGCUGUUGCACAUGCUGCUAGAGGAACUGUUUCAUCGUCGGGUGCAAAUUUACUUGGCAAGUUGGCUGCCUCAAGUGACAGAUUCACGUCCGGGGGUGUUGAACAGGCAGGCAAAUUUGUAAAAAGCAUCGAGGAACAGCAAUCACCAAAUCAACUAUCAGUUCCAUCAACAAGCUAUGCACCUCAGCCUUCCACAUCCUUGUCUUAUCCUAGGAGGACUGAGGAGCCAUGGAGACCUCUUCCACUUCUCUGCAAACGUUUCGACGUGCUAGAUCCAUACACUGGACAGUCUUCUCUAGCGAAACCAAAGAGCCGGAUAGAGUCUUUGACGCUUGCUACGCCGUCAGAGAGUCUGUUUUCCUCGAAGAUUACUGAAGCUAUUGGAAGUGCUGCUAAAGUUGAAGAAGUGCAAAGGGAAAGCACACCUCCUGUUGAUGAGGGUGAACAACAGGAACCCGAGGAGAAAAUUGCAGAAAAGCCCGUUGAUCUUUACAAGGCUAUCUUUUCUGAUGAUGAAGAGGAAGAAGCUCCAAGCCAACCGGUGAAAAACGUAGAUGCUGCGAAUGCAGCUUUAACACGCUUGGUGGCGGAUGACUUUUUGGAGUCACUUGGAAAGGAAUUGGGACUUGCAGUUCCUCCUCCCAUGCCUGUUCCAGUUAAGGCACCUGAAGACAGUUCAAAAGGACAAACUACUCAGGACACUUCAGGAGGACAACCUGAGGACAUUUCAAAAGGACAAACUACUGAGGACACUUCAAGCGGACAACCUCAAGACAUUCCAAAGGGUCAUAUUAAAUUCGUUAAACCGUCUCGGAAAGGAGAGGAACCGAAAGCCGAUAUUCAGAAAGAGAGAGACGAGAAAGCACAAGCCAAGGAUGCGCAGUACACAAGUGAACCCGAGGACCACGCCACUACUAAGGACGAUAAAGAUCAACGCCGGUCCCGUGACAAAAGGAAGGACAAGAGCAGGGACAGGAGGGAGGAGUCUUCCAAAGAACGGAGCAAACGAAAAAGAAGAGAAAGGAAGGAAAGACAUAAACGCCACAAGUCGAAGAGACGGAGAACAUCAUCCUCGACGUCAUCUUCAUCGUCAUCACCAUCGCCAUCGUGCUCGUGAGAGAGAGCUACUAUUGCUCAGCCGAGAACUUAAAAGCAGGGGUAUUCGAAUCUAUCUAAGGAGCAUUUCAAUGAACGAGCAGCGCAUGAAGAAGAACGAAUUCAAGGCAAGGGCCCAGUCAGGGCGGCUGGUUGGCCAUUACAGCAUGGACUUAUGAAGCAUGGAACAUUGGCAGAAUUAUUCCGGGAGCUCAGUUCUUAACGGUCGGUCCUCCACGUGGACCCUGCUCGGCCGACUCGGGAAUAGUCCAUCGAUCGCAGAUAGAGGGCUACAAACAAACAAAGCGCCUUGGGGACGUAUAUAAGUUCUGGGACCUUAGCUCUCCUCGUUGCAGUUCCUUGGUGUGGAGCGACCUCAACUAGAGAGAAGCUUUU